AUGUCUGCCCGCAGGGUGAUACCCACGCUCCUACCCAGCGGACGUUUCAAGGGUGGGGGUCCCAUCCUAGUACAGCUAGAUAGUUUGAUACUUCGUAUCCUGCAAACACUCACAGAUCUCAAUGUCUCUGUCUCAGCCUUUGUCAUUUUUCUUUUGGAAUCCCCUCACGAAUUCUCACAAUGUCCCAUCAACAAUCUGGCUGCUCACUUUACAACAAUCUUGGCAACUUCUCUCGCUCAGCCAAAUCUCAAUUCCUCGAUUGUCUUGUGGGCGUCCACCUUAUGUACCAAGCGGCUCAAGCAAUCAGUAACACAGCUUUUGAAAGAAGAAAAUGGGUGGCAUUUCAGCACAACCAAUGUCCUCGCUGAGCAGCUGGAGGAAUUCCGGCUUGAAGACAUGGCCAAAGACAUCAAGUGUGUCGCACUGGACCUGUGGCACCUGCUGGAUGCCUUGCUCUCAGCCAAUCAGGAGGUUGUUGUUCCAACCAUGGAGCAUGAAAUUGCAGAUGAAGAUGGAGAACAAUAUUAG